CGUACCCUCAUCUUCAUCUUCAACCACCGGUCUCUUCUCUCUCAUUCAUUCAUUCUUUAAGAACAUAUAUAUAGAGAGAGAGAAGGAGAUGGCGCCGGUGUGUUUGCCGCCGGGAUUCCGAUUCCACCCAACAGACGAAGAACUGGUGGCGUACUAUCUAAAGAGAAAGAUAAAUGGACACAAGAUCGAACUUGAGGUCAUCCCCGAAGUUGAUCUCUACAAGUGUGAGCCUUGGGACCUUCCAGGUAAGUCUUUAUUGCCAAGCAAGGACCUUGAAUGGUACUUCUUCGGUCCUCGCGAUAGGAAAUACCCUAAUGGGUCAAGGACCAACCGGGCUACAAAAGCUGGUUAUUGGAAGGCCACGGGAAAAGAUCGACAAGUUAACUCUAAGACUAGAUCGGUUGGGAUGAAGAAGACUUUGGUUUAUUAUCGGGGUAGGGCUCCUCAUGGGGCUCGUACUGGUUGGAUUAUGCAUGAGUAUAGGCUCGAUGAAAGUCAAUGUGAAAUCCCAUCUGGCCUUCAAGAUUCGUAUGCAUUAUGCAGAGUAUUCAAGAAAUUAAAUCCAACCGGACCCAAGAUUAAUAUUAAUAUUGAUCAGGAUCAUUACGUUAGUAAUAAUUCUAAUUCGUCUAACAAUGUCGAUCAAAUAUCAAUUAGUGAUGCCAACUGGACCACGUCAAUCCCCAUGUCAGAUCAUGCUUUCACCACCUACAAUAACGUUCAUAUUCCAUCAUUUGCAAUUUCAUCUCCAUCUAUUUCCUAUCCUCCAUCAAAGGUAGUUGCACGGUUGCAACAACAAAUCUCGCUACCCCCUUUGGAGGUGCAUGACUUCCCGCAAAACGGAGUCACGGAUAUGAGAAUAUUGCCACAUUCGAGUUCAAUUGGGGGAAGAGAUGACAUUGUGGAGGAAAUUCUUUCCCACGAAUUGAAUCUUGAUCAGAAUUCAUGGGCAAGUCAUGGUUAUGACAACGUGUCUAAUCAUGAUUUCUCAUUCAACCCGUAUGGGGACGUCAAGAUUCAUGAAUCGGCAAGUUCAUCGCGGUUGAUGGACAGUGUUAGCAAUUUGGACGAGGAAUUCAAUGCCGAGAAGCCGAUUGAGAACUUGAGAUGGGUGGGAACUACGAGAAAAGAUUUGAAUAUUGAUAUCGGAGAAUACAAUUGUGUUCCCGUGGAACAUAUUUCAAGUUUCCAAAGAAUCAACGAGCAUUUUGACUUUCAAGGUACAAAUAAUCAUAAGAAUUCAUGUCAAGGACUUAACAACAACAACACGAACUUUUCACUUGGAUUCAUCGAAGGUGAUAACAACUUAGAUGGAAGAAGCUUUCUAGAUGAAGGGGACCUAGUUGAUGAUUUCUCCAGCACUCCGAGUUUCGAUGUGUAUGAGAAAGUCGAGGUUAAUCAUGGGUUCUUCAUAUCAACGUGUCAAGUAUCCGAAACAUUCUUUCACCAAAUUGUCCCUUCCCAAGUCGUCAAGGUUUAUCUAAAUCCGACCAUGAUCACACAAUACGAUCAUGAUCUUGUUCCAAAGAAAAUAGGGUUUUCGGAGAAGCUGGCGGAGUGUGUCCGAAAUAAUUUGAAGCUAAUAGUGGAGACGAUGAAGCCCAUAAUGAACAAUGUUAUGGCUCUCCUUGUGAGUUAUAAUUUCCAUUAUGCAUUAUUAGAAGAUUCAGAGGAUGAAAAACAUAGUAUGCAUGAAGACUCGUUUAGCUCCGUGAUAGAAUACGUGAAUUCAUGUUCUUAAUGUUAUGAAUUCGAGUUUUCGUAACUAAACAAUUAGAAAGAAAAAAUCAUAUAUAGUAAAAUACUUUGCAUUGAUGAAUUAAGCAAGCAUGAUUGUUGUUUAUGAACUUGUGGCCAAUCCUCACUUGAUCUGUCUUAAUCAGCCAUAUUAUUUGUGGGGGACUUUGUGUGCACCAUAUGC